AUGGUCCAUCGGUUGCCAACAAAAGAUGCUCUAGGCGGAGGAGAAAAUUGAUGUUCCAUGUGCUUGAAUUUAUAUGUUAAAUCAAAAGAGUAUGCAGAUGAUAAUUGGCAUACAGAUGAAAAGAGAAUUCCACAUAGAACAACGGUGAAAGGAAUCUGGGCACAACAGAGAGAUAACAACGACGGUGAAGCAGACCGGCGGCGGCGAAACAGCCCGACGACGGCGAAGCAGAUCUACUGCGGGAGUGGUGAUGGAGAAUUUCUAUUCGGCAGACGAAACAAAGCAGCUAUGGAGGCGGUGAAGUGGAUCGGCUACAGUGGCGACAAAGAAGAAUGGUGGACCAGUGGUGGCGGAGCACAUAGCCGACGACAUGAUGGAAGAUGGUCUGUAGUUCUGUACGAUGGUGGUUGGGAUAAGGGUACUCUUGGAUUAAUUUAUUUAUUUUGAAAUAAAAGCAUCCCAAAAGUUGAUGUUAUUUACAGACAUACCAAGAAGCAUAAAAAAGCACCCUCCCCUUUUGGUUUUUGGCUUAAAACUGAUUAAAUUAAGCUGAAAUUUUCUUUUGCAAACACUACAUUUAGUUUUUACCCUCCA